GUAACUCUGGCCAGUUAGAUUUUAUUCGUCAUUGGUACAUCCGGGCACUCUAGUUUUUGAUUGACAGUUGCCAUGGCAACAAGCUAGAGCAUCGCCAUUUUGUCAGGAGGGUUUUUUUCCCAGCUCAGUCUUUUCAAAUGUUCUCCCUUCCCGCCGGAAUAAUGCUGUCAGUGGAUAUAUGUUUGACGUUUUUGGAUAUCGAAAUGCGUCUAGUGGAUCGGAUUAAGAAGAUCAAGAGGCCGACGUUUUAACAUAGAUGAAAUAAUUAGGCGGCGCCGCACUAACUCAGUUGUCCGUGUCUCUGGUCCACCGGGCCGGUUCACUGCGCAGGUUUGGACCGCGCGCCAUUUUGUGAAAAUUGACACAAAAUUCUUAACCAAAAUUAUCAGAGGACACGGUUUUUGUUUCAUGUGCAAAAUACUCUGGAUUUAACCGUAUUGUCGUAUUGAUCGAAGUGGCCGACGCUAUAUUUGAAAAAAUAACGUAAAAUCAGAAUUUGGCAUAACGUUUAUUUAGCGGUAGCUAGAAUUGUUAGCUUAAGGCUAGCCAGAGAAGCUACAGCUAGCCAGGGCAGGUAGCUAAUGUUAGCUGCGUUCAUUUUGUCGACUAGCUAGCCAGUUCGCUAAGGUUAGCUAGUAAGUUAUUUGUGCUAGUUAACGUUAGCAUGGUGCUAGUCAUCAGCUGAUAGUAACGUUGGUCAAAGUUGCUACGAUCGCCGAUGUUGUUAAUCAGAGUUUUGAAUAUGAAAAGUAUACUAAAUCUGGCUGGCGAAUUAUUUUAGAGUUUGCCGGUCAGAGGACGGGGAUUGGAUUUAACGUUAACAUUACUCGCUAACCGUGCAGGGAGGGGAGAAGCUCAAGCUGGAUAAGUUUCCUCAUCAUACAGGUUAUUGGACUUUAAAUGAAGAUCGUGCCAUCAGAGUGGGUUGUGGUUUGCUGCUGGACUCUCCUCCCAGGAUGAUAUGAAAUUUUACAGGAGACGAUGCAUCCAGGAGGAGAGACUUCAGCAUGCAAACCUUCGUCCGUCCGGCUUGCGCCCUCUUUUUCUUUACACACUGCUGGUCUUCAGAUGGCUGCUCCAAUGCCCCAUACGCACCAGCAGUACAGUGACCGCCACCAGCCAAGCACUGACCAAUCUGUUACGGUUUUACCGUACAGCGACCAGACACCACAGCUCACUGCCAAUCAGAGGCACAUGCCCCAGUGCUUUCGUGACCCAACUUCAGCUCCCCUGAGGAAGCUCUCCAUUGACCUUAUCAAAACAUACAAACACAUCAAUGAGGUGUAUUAUGCAAAAAAGAAGCGACGGCACCAACAGGGUCAGGGUGAAGACUCCAGUCACAAAAAAGAAAGGAAAGUCUUUAAUGAUGGCUAUGACGAUGAUAACUAUGACUACAUCGUCAAGAAUGGGGAGAAGUGGAUGGACCGCUAUGAGAUUGAUUCCUUGAUAGGAAAGGGAUCGUUUGGACAGGUUGUGAAAGCAUAUGACCGUGCAGAGCAGGAAUGGGUUGCCAUUAAGAUCAUCAAGAACAAGAAAGCUUUCCUCAAUCAAGCCCAGAUUGAAGUGCGCCUCCUAGAGCUCAUGAACAAACAUGAUACCGAGAUGAAAUACUAUAUUGUUCACCUAAAGCGUCACUUCAUGUUUCGGAACCACCUCUGCCUGGUGUUUGAGAUGCUUUCAUAUAACCUGUAUGACCUGCUCCGAAAUACCAACUUCCGUGGCGUCUCACUCAACCUCACUCGGAAGUUUGCCCAGCAGCUAUGCACAGCGCUGCUCUUCUUGGCCACGCCUGAGCUCAGCAUCAUCCACUGUGACCUGAAGCCUGAGAACAUCCUCCUCUGCAACCCCAAGAGGAGUGCCAUCAAAAUAGUGGACUUUGGCAGCUCAUGCCAACUGGGACAAAGGAUAUACCAAUAUAUCCAGAGUCGCUUCUACCGUUCCCCAGAGGUGCUGCUGGGAAUGCCCUAUGACCUGGCCAUUGACAUGUGGUCCUUAGGUUGCAUCUUGGUGGAGAUGCACACUGGAGAACCUCUCUUCAGCGGAGCCAACGAGGUGGACCAGAUGAACAAAAUAGUGGAGGUUCUUGGUAUUCCGCCUAAUCACAUAAUGGACCUAGCACCAAAAGCCAGGAAGUUCUUUGAGAAGCUUUCGGAUGGUACAUGGAGUGUUAAGAAGACCAAAGAUGGCAAAAGGUAUAAGCCUCCAGCCUCGCGGAAGCUCCACUCCAUCCUGGGUGUGGAGACAGGGGGUCCAGGUGGCCGGCGGGCGGGGGAGUCUGGCCAUGCUGUUGCUGACUACUUGAAGUUCAAGGACCUGAUCCUCCGGAUGUUGGACUAUGACCCUAAGAGCCGCAUCCAGCCCUACUAUGCCCUGCAGCACAGCUUCUUCAAGAAGACUGCGGAUGAGGGGACCAAUACAAGCAGCAGCGUGUCUACAAGCCCCGCAUUAGAGCAGUCCCAGUCUUCAGGAACCACCUCCAGCACCUCCUCUAGUUCAGGAGGAUCAUCUGGGACAAGUACCAGUGGCAGAGCAAGAUCAGACCCUACCCAUCACCACUUGCACAGUGGAGGACACUUUGGCACGGCCAUGCCUGCCAUUGAUGGUGACAGCCUCUGCCCACAGGCAAGACAGCCUUACCCACCCCCGCUGGUGUGGGGAGGUGGCGUUGGACCAGAGUCAGUCACUGGAGAGACACACCCAGUCCAGGAGACCACCUUCCAUGUUCCCCCUCAGCACCCUAAGGCCCUGCAUCCCCAUUCACAUACUCAUCACCACCACGGGCAGUUGAUGGCUACACGGCCACGCCCACGCCACUACACCUCCCCGACACACAGCUCCUCGACACAGGACUCCAUGGAGGUGGUUCAUGGCCACCUGUCCAUGACCUCCCUGUCUUCCUCUGCCUCCUCUUCCUCUACAUCGUCCUCUUCCACUGGGAACCAUGGCAACCAGGCCUACCAGCUCCGCCAUUUGCCCGCCGGAGCCCUUGACUUUGGUCAGAAUGGUGGGCUGAGCAUGGGGCUAGGUGCCUUCUCGAACCCACGGCAGGAGACUGGCAUGGCAGCGCACCCUGCAUUCUCCAUGGGCACGAACACAGGGCCUGCCCACUACCUAGCGGAAGGCCACCUGGGCAUGAGGCAGGGCAUGGACCGGGAGGAGUCUCCAAUGACUGGAGUGUGUGUGCAGCAGAGUUCUAUGGCCAGCUCGUGACUGCACUGACAUUUGGCUGUGUGUUCCCCCUGUGCGUCAUUUUUAAGGUGGUGUUUUUUACUACAAGGUGUGUUGAGAACAAAAGCUGCUCACGUCAGAAGGGAGAUAUCACUGAACCGCUACUACAGAGAAAAAACCUUUGUUAAAAAGUAUAUAUGUAAUUUUCAUCAGUUUUUCUUUUGCAAUCAUUAGGCACAAAAUAAUACUGCGGAAUAACCAUAGUGAGAUUGAGACAUCCAUCUUACCAUUUCACCAAUUUCAUGUAACCACCAAGUAAUCACCAUAUGGUAUUAUGUGGCAAAAUCUUCUAAGGAGCAUUUCAGAGCGAAGUUUGAAGCUGUUUUGCAGGUAGCUGUUGGUGAUGAAAUGCUUGGCGUCCUCUUACGGUUCAAAACGUGGACUGCCUGACAUUACUGUUCCACUGGUUCUUAAUUAUUUUGCCCUUUUUAAGUGAAAUUUCACGUAAAAGCUGCUUGUAAAUCCUGUAGCUUGACAAUGAGGGGAAGUGUUUGCGGUGAUAUUUCUUGUUGUUGGUCGGUAUUGUGUAACUCUGUUAAAGGGGAGCACAUAGCAGUGGAGUCCCUAUAGCGUGUGCUGGCCGGGUGGAGAGGAGACCCCGCAGGUGGAUACUGACACCAACCGGGUCCGAGGAGAGGGAAGCACCACCCCUCAGGCCUAGAGGCCCCGUAGUACUGAAAGCUGCAUCCGGGCCCGGCACAGACGAGAGCAGCGAUGGGCACGGGAGACGAAAGGAUCCAGCCCAGUGAAAGGAAGACAGUCAGUGGCUGGUUCUAGAUAACCCUUUGGCCUUAUGACUCAUGGACUUGGAAUGGGAUGGAGCUGGACAUUAUCAUUUGAAUUAAGAUGGCUUUUCUCUAUUUUUCUCUCUAGACAGCCCUUAAUUCUUUAAGGAAAUUAAAACAACUUAGAAAAGGUAAAUAAGAAUGGUAAUUUGAGGCCUUUCUCGACAAAGAUUACUUCUUCAGCAGGGCCCCACAUAACAGGGUCUUAUUGUACACAACAACCUCCUAAACAUUACUUCCUUGAAAAUCUUAUUCACUGGUUAAGGAUUUUGCAGUGGAAAGAACUAUCUAUUCCAGAGUCUACCCUUUUAUGUUUUGUUAUUUUUCCCUUUUGCAUGUAGUUCCUCAUCAGAACCACCUGCACAAGUCUCUCCAUCCAAAACAUGGAAACUGAAGAAAAAAAUGAGUUAAGUGACUGCCUUUUUUCUCCUCAAAUUAUGCUGUGAAUUUUACAAGAAUUUAUUUUCCCUUUGGAUAUGUUUUUAUACCAAAGCAGUUGUUUUAUAGCAUAUAGGUGUCUGUAACCAAUAAUGUAGCAGUUCACCACUUUGACGCAAAGUUUAUCAAGAUCUUAUUUUAACGUCAAUACAAACAGCUGCAAUAUUUUACUUUAGCAAAACUGGAGACCGUUGUUGAGACCGUUGGCUAUUGUGUAUUCUGGCCAGAUUUGUUUGCAACGUUUUACCAAAACUGUUUCCAUAUUAAUUGGUAGAUUAUUUUGGGAGUCUUUUAAAACUUUGGUAUGUUAGAGAAUUUGGUAGUUACUCUGCAGGCUCCGGAGUAGCAAGAUAGAAGCUGAUGGUUUAAAAAAAAAAAAAAAAAAGGAGACUAAUGCGUUCUAUUUCUGUGUCGUCGUUUUUCUUUUGCCCCAUCAUACUAUUUCAAAGGGUUUUGCUGCCUUUCAUACAUCAUUUGGUCAACUUGGCUAGUUUAUGCCAUGAAGCAAGACUUUAUGUCAUUGUCUUGGCAGGGUAAGGAUAAUUGUGGCAAAUCGGUUUGUGUUGAAUGGUAUUGUUCUGAUUUGGUAGGGCAGAUCCCCAUGAUUGUUGUCCUAUUCAAAGGGAAAGGGUGGCUAUCAGCCCACAAUCACAUGCUUUGCCUAGGCAGACGUGCAUGUCCUCAAAACAUUACAGUCAAUAACCAGAUUUUUUUUUUUUUAUAUCAGGGAGUUUGAAGUGCUUUCUUUCUUCUGUUGCUCAUUUUACCAGCUUUGAAAUUAGACAGAAAAACCUGCCCACAGCCACCUUUCAAAUUAAGGGCAGGCCACAGGUGAUGCUGUUGUCAUUUUAAAGGAGAAACCAUCGUAAGAAAUCAUGCUUGGUAUUUCCACAAACACAAAUGUAAAGCUACCUAUAUUGAGAUUGGGGUUUUAUCUGGAUGUCAAGGUUAAUUGCAAAUUUGCAAUCAUUUUUCAUACCCCGCAGAAUUUGAGACAUUAAGAAAUUGCCAGUGGUUUUAUUACUGGCACUCAUACUGGUACUAAACAUUCCAAAAAUAAAGACUGAAAAAGAAAAAAAAUUGACUGCAGUGACUCGUAAGUGUGCGCCUAUUUCAGAUCAUGCUGAUUGACCUCUUAUUUAGAGCAGUUGUCAUGAAAUGCAGCCCCUUUUUAAUAGUUGAAAUAGAAUUUAUGUAUAUAUUUAUAUUUUUUUAAUAAAGGAAGUAUAGAACUCACUACCUUGCUCCUGCUGGUAUGUUGAUUAUGUUUGUCAAUUUGGUGACCAUUCAGUGGGCAGGAACUCCUGUUUUCUUAGUGGCAAAACCUUGCCUUUUGGCAAAGGUACUUGACUACAUCAGGACAACACUAUGAGGUAGGGUUUGAAUCAAACAGGGAAAGCUAGAUCUUCAAACCUUAAUAAUUUUCACAGGGUAUAUUGUAAGUGCAUGUACAUCACAAACCUUACUUUUUGGUUAUAUGAGAAGCACAUGGUUGAAAAAAGGUUCCAUCUUUCAUAAGCCUGUUCAGUUUGUGGGUUAUACACAAACACGUAUACUUGUUGACAUAUCUGAACACCCAACAGAAGUUGAAAUCCUCAUUUAAUUUGGAUUUAUCCUUUUCAGUUUUGAUUCCACAUUUUUUCACUUUUUUUGUACAUGCAACAUGCACUAUAGAAUUGAACAGCAUGGGGGAAAGGAUAAGUCCAUGUAUCCACAGAUUGUAAGAUCUAGUCAAGACUUUGCUGUGUUUAUGACAAUGCCCUUUGUAUUAUAUUAAGACAGUCUUAUGUAUGAUAUAUAAAAAGAAGUUAAUUGAA